AUGGAGGGGACGGACUGGUCAGAAAUCGUCAAGGAGAAGAAGAUAUGGGAAGACGACUAUGAGGCCCGGCGGGAGGAACUGGAUGCCAAGUGGGCCAACGAGAAGGCAGAGGAGGGAGAGUGGAGGCGCCUAAAUCGCACGGACAAGGAGCGAUUUCUUGAUGAAUUCACACUCGAUGUCAAUGGACGCACCUUGCACCUCGAGCAAGGCAUUGCCAACUCUCCCGCCUGUCUAGGCCUCACCGUGUGGGACGCGAGCUUGGUGCUCACCUCGUACCUGGAGACGAAGCACAAAGAGGGUGCGUUCGGCCGGGGCACCAAGGCCAUCGAGUUUGGCAGCGGGUGCGGCGUGGUGGGCAUCGCGGCCGCUACGCUGGGCGCUACGACUGCCAGUGGGUGA